ACGUUGGCAUACCUGCGUUUGCGGCUGCUUAUUUGAUAAGCGACAUCGUAUACUCGUAUACUUUUCUUUACAAAUCACAUUUCUUCCUAUUGGACUGUAUUCGUGGUUUUAAACGACAAAAUUUACUUGCGAAUAGCUUUUGGUCUGCGCACAACCAGAAGAACACAUCAACAUGCAAAUCUUCGUGAAAACCCUUACAGGGAAGACCAUCACCCUUGAGGUCGAGUCUUCUGACACUAUCGAAAAUGUCAAAGCCAAAAUCCAAGAUAAAGAAGGUAUCCCUCCCGAUCAACAACGUUUGAUCUUCGCUGGCAAGCAACUUGAAGAUGGACGUACAUUGUCAGAUUAUAACAUCCAAAAAGAAUCUACAUUGCAUUUGGUAUUACGUCUCCGUGGUGGUGUUAUUGAGCCCACUCUUCGUUUGUUGGCCCAGAAAUACAACUGUGACAAAAUGAUAUGCCGUAAAUGUUAUGCUCGUCUCCACCCAAGAGCAACUAACUGCCGCAAGAAGAAGUGUGGACACACUAACAACUUGCGCCCAAAGAAGAAGUUGAAGUAAACAUAUUUUGGUCAUACUCCGAGGAAAACUACCAACUUUUUCCUGGUUUUACAUUUUAUCAUUCAAUUGUUAAAUAACAAAUUUAUAAAACAUAAAUAAACCAAAAAUAAAAAAAGAA